CAGGGCGGCGCAGACCGGCCCAGCCACUCGCCCGCGCCGCGCGCCGGGACGCGCCACCAGCGCCGCCGCCACGGCCGCCCGGGACCCGCCGCGCGCGGGGCGCCCCGACGGGAGGUGUGCCCGGGCCGGAACAGGCUGUCCGCGUCAGAGGCGCCCCUGAAGCCCGGUGUGCCCUGGACACAGCACUGGGGGCCAGGCCCCGGGGGAGGGGCGCGCCAUGGACCCCCCGCAGCCUCGGCACCUGGGGGUCGCGCCCUAGGAGGCCGCCGCUGUCCCCUGCGGAGAAGAAAGAAGCUGACACGUGACGCCCCUGCCCAGCGCACAGGCCCCCCGGGGGGCCCAUGGCCCAGCCGCUGUGACCCCGUGAGCCGAUGCCGAGCCCCCAAGGGGCUGCCGCGGCCCCUGCCAUGAGCCUGGGCAAGCUGUCCCCUGUGGGCUGGGCGUCCGGCUCGCAGGGCAAGCGGCGGCUGACCGCGGACAUGAUCAGCGCCCCCCUCGGGGACUUCCGCCACACCAUGCACGUGGGGCGCGGCGGCGACGUCUUCGGGGACACGUCCUUCCUCAGCAACCACGGCGGGGCGGGGGGCACCCACCGCUCCCCCCGCAGCUUCCUGGCUCGCAAGCUGCAGCAGGUGCGGCGUGCGGGGGCGCCGCCCCGCCGCGUGGCCUCGCCGCCAGCGCCCUCGCCCGCGCCACCCGCCGUGUCCCCCAUCAUCAAGAACGCCAUCUCCCUGCCCCAGCUCGGCCCCGCCGCCUACGACAGCCUGGUGGCCGGCCAGCUUGGCCUGGACGCCAGCUCCACGGACGGCCACUCGGCUUACGGCCUGGACUCGGGCUUCUGCACCAUCUCCCGCCUGCCCCACCAGGACAAGGCGCGGGAGCGGGAGCGGGAGGCAGGCUUCGGCCCCGAGCCCCCCGCGCUGCGUCGCUCCGACUCGCUCCUGUCCUUCCGCCUGGACCUGGACCUCGGCCCCUCGCUGCUCAGCGAGCUGCUGGGGGUCAUGAGCCUCUCCGAAGCCCCCGCCGCCGCCGCCGCCGAGACCCCCAACCCCGGCCCAGCUGCCGGCCCCCCCGCCCCGGCCGCCUGCCCCCCGACCCCGGCCACCCGCGGACGCUGCCUCAACGGGGUCAGCUCGGGGUCGGGCCUGGUGGCCGGGGCGAAGGCCCAAGCGGGGGGAGCAGAAGGCCCCCGAGCCCCCGCUGGGGUGGGGGGAGCCCCCAGCCGGCACUGGGGGGCCAGCAGCCAGCACCCCACCGGGCUUUCUGCUGGGCCACCCCGGGCGGGGGGCUCCUGGGAGAGCCUGGACGGAGAGUGGGGGGCCCCGCGGGGCGCCAGCAGGGCCCCGGCGGUGCCACAUGCCGUGCAGACUUGCUCCUUCGCAUUCGCUGACGCGGAGGACGAGGAGGACGAGGAGGUGAAGGUGUAGGGGUACAGGGGGGCGCCCCAGUGCAGGACAGACAGGGGGGAGGAGACGAGAGGGCCCUGGGUGCCCCCUGCAGUCCCCCACCCGCUCCCAUUCACCGCCACUGCCCCCCACUCCUUAGCGCCCCCCCUUUGCUUGGGGCCAGGAAGCACAGAACCGUCUUUGUGCUCCUAGUGGCCCUGGCGGGGGCGGGGCUGGAGGCGGGGCUGGGGCGGGAGCCAAUCAUAAGGCGUCUUUGUCCCUCUCCAGCCCCCGCUGCGUGCCCCCCAGAACCCAGGCCCCCGACACCCCCCCCACACACACACAACUUGUUCCAGAAGCCUUAGAGGAAAGUCAGGGCGCGCUUU